GGCAAUUCAUUCGACCCUUCCUGCGUCCGGAGUGUAGUCGAACAGCAGCUACAAGUGAUUUGGGCGAAACAUGGCAGGUUACUUGAAGGUCCUCAGCUCCCUUUCAAAGAGUGCUGCCUCGCUGUCUAAAAAUCCAGCCGUUCUUGCGCCUGCAACUUGCCAGAGUUUGCAACAGAGAAACUAUGCCGACAAACGCAUCAAGGUUGCCCAGCCGGUGGUGGAGAUGGACGGCGAUGAGAUGACCAGGAUCAUCUGGGAGUUCAUCAAGGAGAAGCUCAUCCUCUCCAAUGUUGAUGUGGAUCUGAAGUACUAUGACCUCGGUCUUCCCUACCGUGACCAGACCAAUGACCAGGUCACCAUUGACUCUGCGUUGGCCACCCAGAAAUACCAUGUUGCUGUUAAAUGUGCCACCAUCACUCCUGACGAAGCUAGGGUCGAAGAAUUCAAACUCAAGAAGAUGUGGAAGAGCCCCAACGGAACCAUCAGGAACAUCCUGGGUGGCACAGUCUUCCGUGAGCCAAUCAUUUGCAAGAACAUUCCCAGACUUGUUCCUGGUUGGACGCAGGCCAUGACCAUUGGCAGACAUGCCUUCGGCGACCAGUACAAAGCAACAGACUUUGUCGUCAACAAACCAGGCCAGUUCAAGAUGGUCUUCACUCCUACUGACGGUAGCAAAGGACAGGAGUGGGAGGUGUAUAACUUCCCUGGUGGCGGCUGUGGAAUGGGGAUGUACAACACUGACGAGUCCAUCACUGGCUUUGCUCACAGCUGCUUCCAGUAUGCCAUCCAGAAGAAGUGGCCCCUCUACAUGAGCACCAAGAACACCAUCCUCAAAGCCUAUGAUGGCCGCUUCAAGGACAUCUUCGAGGAUAUCUUUCAGAAGAAUUACAAGCCCGACUUUGACAAGCUGAAGAUCUGGUAUGAGCACAGGCUCAUCGACGACAUGGUGGCCCAGGUGCUGAAGUCAUCGGGUGCCUUUGUGUGGGCCUGCAAGAACUAUGAUGGAGACGUGCAGUCUGACAUCCUGGCUCAGGGAUUUGGCUCUCUGGGUCUGAUGACCUCUGUGCUGGUGUGCCCUGAUGGAAAGACCAUUGAGGCCGAGGCUGCCCAUGGCACAGUCACCAGGCAUUACCGUGAGCACCAGAAGGGAAGACCAACCAGCACCAACCCCAUCGCUAGCAUCUUUGCCUGGACCAGGGGCCUGGAGCACCGUGGCAAACUCGACGGAAACCCAGACCUCAUCAAGUUCUCCCAGACGCUUGAGAAGGUCUGUGUGGACACUGUUGAGAGCGGCGUCAUGACCAAGGAUCUUGCUGGCUGCAUUCAUGGUCUACCCAAUUGCAAGCUGAAUGAGCAUUACGUGAACACCACAGACUUCCUGGACGCCAUCAGAGCUAACCUGGACAAGGCACUGGGCAAAUGAAGGGAUCUGACCAUCACGAGCCAGAGAGGAAAUGACGGCGGUCAUUUUCAUUUCAUCUUUUGUACCUCAUUUUAAACUUUAAAAGGUCAUGAAAAGCACAUUCAUUAUGUGCUGAAGGGGAGACGUGAAGAAAAGUGACUAGAAUCAGUAGUGUGUUGUGAAGAGAAACAAAGUCCUGCUGUCUUUCACCAUCAAGUUGCGCUCAUUUGCCCUUCCCUGGAUUUCCAAGGUUCUUUAUUUUUGUAACAUGAAGUACUGUAUUGUCUCCUCAUACUGUAUAUUGCCAUGAACCAUUUUAUGGGCCUUUUCAAAAAUGCUCUAAUAAAUCUUCUUAGAUGUUUGGAUCCA